AAAAGAUGUAGGGACGAAUUCAAGGUAGCACUGUCAUUAUAGAUGUGAAUUGUUUGAUUUUAAAAAAGAUACGAGCAAGUUCAGAAUGAAAUAUUUACCAUUCCUCUUGUCUUGGGCCAAAUGUGUCCGUAACGGUAAAUAGAUAAGAUUAGAGUGAGCAAAUAAUAAUGGCUGGUGAGGAUCUUAACAAGGUUUGCAUCUCAUUAAGCGACUGAAAAAUCUGUUCUGGACGUCUGUACUUCAAGCACAAUGUGAAGGACUUUAGGAUACAGAAGAAAUUCAAAUAUGGAUCAAUUGAUGAAAGAUGUAACAAUUUGGAGAAAACCUUCAGAAGAAUUUAAUGGAUACCUUUUCAAAGCGCAAGGUGUUAUAGAUGACAGCGUCAAUAGUGUUAUAGACCAUAUACGCCCAGGUCCCUGUCGCUUGGAUUGGGAUAGCUUAAUGACUUCAAUGGAUAUUUUGGAACACUUCGAGGAGAAUUGCUGUGUGAUGCGUUACACUACUGCUGGUCAGCUUUGGAAUAUAAUUUCCCCAAGAGAGUUUGUUGAUUUCUCCUACACUGUGGGCUAUGAAGAAGGGCUGUUGUCCUGUGGGCUAAGUGUUGACUGGAAUGAAAAGAGACCAGAAUUUAUUCGUGGCUAUAACCAUCCCUGUGGUUGGUUUUGUGUUCCGCUUAAAGACAGUCCAUACCAAAGUCUUUUGACAGGCUACAUUCAGACGGAUCUGCGUGGGAUGAUUCCUCAGUCUGCGGUAGAUACAGCCAUGGCCAGCACUUUAAUCAACUUCUAUGGUGAUUUACAAAAAGCCCUACAAAAGGCAUAAUACGUUUAAACUUGUAGUACGAUAGUCCCCCCAAAUCAACUUUUUCUCUCAGCUUCAUGGCCUGUGAAAAUCAUCCUUUCCUUUCUUCUGUGUAGCCUGUAGGAAAAUUAGGUGGUGAUUUGCAUGGUGUUUGAUACAGCAGUGUGUCUAAGCAUGGAGAGUCUGACAGACGUCCAUGAGGAAGUAGUAUACUUCUUUGACCUGAACUCUUAAGAAACUGAAUAUUGCCUCAGUAUGAAUAUUUUGGCUACUUGGAAAUUAGAGAAAGCACAAGCUUCAUGCUGUUAGUUAAAAAUCAUCUGUUUUAGAGAUUUAUGAACAUUUUCUAAGUUUUAACUAUUUUUGGAAGUUAUAUAUUAGUGCUUAACUAUUGGUAUGCUCUGUGAGUUUGCCAAUAUCUUGGACUACAAAAAGGUUCUUUAUAUUUUAUAAAGGUGAGCUUCAUUGUCAGGUGACUUGUACUACUUUAAGUAUUAAAAAAAUAAGAAAAAAUAGAUACAGUAAGAAUAGAUACAAUUCAAAUACAAUUGUUUUGAUACCUAGACAACAUUAUUUUGUGGAUAUCUUUAAAAAUGUAUUUGUAUCUUUCUGUGCAUUUAUUUUGGAAGGUCUAAAAAGCAUUUAUGCAUGAAUAAAAUGUACAAAAAACAUAUGUGCUGGGGACACCACA